AUGUCUACCCCUGAGUACGACGAAAACAAGGUCGUCGUAGUGUUUGUCCUUGGUGGCCCAGGAUCGGGCAAGGGCACUCACUGUGCGCGCCUCGUCCGUGACUAUGGCUUUGUGCACCUGAGCGUAGCUGGUGAUCUGCUCCGUGCAGAACAGGCGCGCCCUGGCUCGCAGUACGGCCAGAUGAUUGCUGAGUACAUCAAGGACGGCAAGAUCGUGCCGAUGGAGGUCACCAUCGGUCUCCUGCGCAACUCGAUCCAGGCUGCGCUGGAAGAGAAUAAGAAAUCGACCAACGAGGGCUGGGGCGAGGGCCGCGGUCGUUUCCUUGUCGACGGCUUCCCCCGCAAGCUUGACCAGUCGUUCAAGUUUGAAGAGACGGUCGUUCGCGCGCAGAUGGUGCUGUUCCUGCAGUGCACUGAAGAAGUGAUGCUCAAGCGUCUCUUGCACCGUGGCGAGACGAGCGGUCGUACGGACGACAACGCCGAGUCGAUCAAGAAGCGUUUCCGCACGUUUGAGGAGACGAGCAUGCCGGUCGUUGAGUACCACCGCGAGAAGGGCACCGUCAUCGAUGUCAACGCGGUCAACCCCGUGGACGAGGUGUAUCAGGACAUCUGCAAGGCCAUGGAUGCCAAGUUCCGCCAGAUUAACAAGGCAUAG